UUAGAGAAACAGAUUUGGCUUUUACUCUCUUGUUCUUUCUUGGGUCACUACUUCUUGGCAUUUCCUCUAUAACAAACCCUAAAGAGAAACAAAGAUGGAAAGCAGAGGAACCUCUAAACCGUUAUCCUUUUUCUCAUGAAAUUUCUUGUCUCAAACUAAUCUCUAUUGGAGAAAAAAAAAAGAAUACUAUUAAGGGUUGUUUUCUUGGAAAAAUCUUGUGUACAUAUCAACCAACAUUCAUGGUUCUCAAAAGGGUCCCAUAAACAAAUUGUGGUGAUAGCUUUGUUUUCAUCUUCCAACAUUUGCUUCAACAAGUGGAAUAAUUCCAAUACAGAGAUAAGAUCCACACAAGACUUUUUUAUCCUCCUCUUCUUGUAUCUUCUCACUAUAGCUUCAGUGAAGAUGCUUAGAUUCACAAAGAAGCAGCAAUUAUAUUUUUUACUAUGUGUGUGGUGUUUGGUGGUGAACUGGAGCAGCGCAGAAACAGAGGAAAGUGAAGGAGGUCCAAUGGGGGAAACAGAGAAAGCUGCUCUCUACUCUACAGUUCAAGGGUUUGUUGGUGACUCUUGGAAUGGCUCCUACCUCUUUCCUGACCCUUGUGGUUGGACUCCGAUCCAGGGUGUAACUUGUGAUCUAUUUGAUGAUCUUUGGUAUGUGACUGCUUUAACCUUUGGGUCUAUGCGAGACAACUCUCUUGCUUGUACUGAGAUUCCAGUGAUCAGACCACAACUCUUUGAGCUCAAGCACCUCAAAUCUCUCUCUCUAUUCAACUGCUUCACAUCACCAAACCAAUAUCUAGCUUCAGUUUCAGACGAGAAGUGGCUGGAUCUCUCUAACAACUUGGAGACGCUUGAGAUCAGAUCAAACCCGGGACUGAUCGGUGAACUCCCUUCUUUCAUCACUAGCCUCACCAAUCUUCAAUCUCUAGUGGUGCUAGAAAACCGGUUAACAGGUUCAUUGCCAGAGAAUUUAGCCAAGUUAACCAGACUGAGACGCUUAGUGCUGUCUGGAAACCGGUUUACAGGGAGAAUACCGGAGGUCCAUGGCUUAACCGGAUUAUUGAUAUUGGAUCUAAGCAGGAAUUUCUUCUCUGGACCGUUGCCUUUAAGCGUUGGAGGAUUGAGUUCACUGCUGAAACUGGAUGUUAGUAACAAUUACUUGGAAGGAAAGGUACCUAUAGAGCUACAGUCCUUAAAGAAUCUGACGCUUUUUGAUCUUGGGAACAACAGAUUCUCAGGUGGACUGACCAAAGAGAUCCAAGAGAUGAGUUCAUUGGUUGAACUUGUUUUGUCCAAUAACCAUCUCGAAGGGGACUUAACAGGAAUAAAGUGGAGAAAUCUGAAGAAUUUGGUGGUUUUAGAUCUCUCCAACACAAGGUUAAAAGGAGAGAUUCCAUGGUCAAUCUUGGAGCUCAAGAAACUGAGGUUCUUAGGUCUAAGCAACAACAGUCUCGGAGGCAAACUCUUUCCUCAAAUGGAAACCGAAAUGCCUUGUCUAAACGCGCUCUAUGUAAAUGGAAAUAACAUCAGUGGAGAGCUGGAGUUCUCUAAGAAGUUCUAUGAGAGGAUGGGAAGAAGACUUGGUGUUUGGGGAAACCCUAAUCUGUGUUACAACGGUGAUGAAAUCAAGAACCUUCGUGAUCAUGCUCCUUUUGGAGUGAACCAAUGCAAGAGAAUGAAGGCGGUGACUUUGGCUUAAGACAGAAUCUGGAACUUGGAAAGAUACGAAGCUGUGGUCUUUUCAACCAUGCAUUUUAUUCAACUUUGCCAAUAUAUCUUGUGUGCAUUUUUUUCUAUUUUUGUUACUAGCAGUAGUAAGUGUCAGACAUAACAUGUGUACGUAUAAAUAAAAGAAACCCCAAUUGGAAAAA